GUUUUCCCGUUUGCUGUGGGUUAUCCGAUGAGCACUUCUGUGAUGUACACAAAGCCACCAUUCUUUAGGAUAACUGAAGGCUUUCCUGCUGCAAAUCCUCCGAUAAUACAUGCAUACACUGAAAAUAUGACGCAUCCGGCACCUUCUUUCCCUUCAAGUGCCCUGGUACCAAUGCUACCACCACCAGCUCAAACAAAUCCACUGGACUGUCGACGACGCGUCAGAACAUCCAGCUCGAACGACGAAUUAGCUGAAGACUAG